AGACUCCAGGCAGAGUGCAACCACCUGCGCACCCAAUUGGAGGGGCUCAAUCGCACAGCCAAUGAAACCGUCGAGAAUGCGCGUCAACUGGCCGAGCUCCAAUCGAAAGCUCAGGAAUUGUACGAUGAGAAACUAAAAAUAGAACGCGAACGCGACGGAGUGCGUGCGGAGUAUACACAGACGCGCACCAAAGCUGAUGAGAUGAUGCACGAUAUCACCCGCCUGCAAGAAGAG